GUUAUAUAUAAAUACAUAAAUUGGCUAAAAUAACGUAUUUUUGGAGAUGAACUUGUAUAAUACAUUGAAUGAGGACGAGAAAAGUGUAUUAAAAGAAUCUACGGAGGAGAAUAAAGCGGAUAGUUGCUUUUUUUCUAAUAAUUUUGUGAAUAAUCAGUGUAAAAAUGAAAAAAAGAAGAACGGCGGAAUAUGUUCACCAGAAAAUAUACCAUGGCCUUUAAAAUGUUCAGAACGAGUUAUUUUUGCAUGUACAUCAAUACCAUAUAAGUGUUUUUUUAAUCCCCAGAAUGGAGAAUGGAAAUUCCGUCCUAGAAGAGGAGAAUCGUCAUUAUUUGCAUCAAUAUCAUGGCUUUCUCGAGAAACAGGGUGGGAAACUAAGUUAGUUGGGUGGACGGGUGAGAUAACGGCAAGUUGUCAGGAAAUACAAUCAAAUUCUAAUGAUAUGGAUACAACGAAUAAUACAAAUACAGUAUUAUUAACAUCAGAAGAUAAAGAAAGAUUUAUGGAAUCGUUUUCGAAAUCAUAUGAGGAUGAGAUUGUGCCUAUAUGGAUGUUAUCGGAUUCAGAUCAUCAGUUUGGAGAAACGAUUGAACAACAAUCUAGAUGGAGGAAAUAUCCAAAUACAGUAUUAUUACCAUUAUUUCAUUAUCGUCUAUGGAAUAAUACAACAGAUGAAUGGAAUGAACAAACAUGUUGGAAGGAUUAUGUGGAAUUUAAUAAAGCAUAUUCAGAUGCUAUUGUUAAGAUUUAUAGGCCAGCAGACAUUAUUAUUAUUCAUGAUUACUAUCUUCUAUUAUUGCCUCAACUUAUUCGUCAAGAGUUACCUAAUGCGUAUCUGGGCUUUUUCUUACAUGAACCUUUUCCAAGUUCAGAGAUUUUUCGUUGUCUUCCAAAGCGAAAAGAAAUAUUAAUGGGAAUGCUUGGGGCUAAUAUGAUUGGGUUUCAAAGUUAUUCUUUUUCAAGGCAUUUUGUUAGUACUUGUACAAGAGUUUUAGGAUUCGAUUCUAUUGGAAAAGGAAUUGAUGUUAACGGUGCAUAUGUAGCUAUAGAAGUUCUUCCAAUGGGAAUAGAUGCUCAACGGGUUGAAAAAGAAUCACAAACUCAGAAAAUUCAGAAAAAAAUGCAAUUUAUUAGGGAGUUAUAUUCAAAUAAGAAAAUACUUAUAGGAAGAGCAAAAAUAUAUGAAAUUCAAGGAGUAUUACAAGGAUUGAAGGCCUUUGAAAGUUUUUUAAAACAAUUUUCUAACUGGAGAAAUCAAGUUGUGUUUAUUCAAGUAACUUCACCUGUAAAUGAUGACACAUCAAAAUUUGAGAAACAGAUACAAGAUUUAAUAGCCGAAAUAAAUGGAACAUAUGGAUCAUUGGAAUUUACACCUGUACAUCAUUAUCACCAACAUUUAGAAAAAGAUGAAUAUUUUGCGCUUUUAAGAUCAGGCGAUGUAGGAAUAAUUACUGCUAUCAGAGAUAGCAUAAACACCACAAGUUUAGAGUAUGUUAUUUGUCAAAAAGGAAACAAUGGGCCUUUAUUAUUAUCAGAAUUUUCAGGAACAAAAGAUGCACUUCAAGAUGCAAUUCAAGUUAACCCAUGGGAUGUUACGGAUACUGCAAAAAAAAUUAACGAGGCACUUUGUAUAUCUGAAUCUGAAAAAGAAGCACGUCAACUUAAAUUGUAUAAUUAUGUUACAAUGAAUACUGUUCAAACAUGGAUUUCAUCAUUCAUAUCAAAAUUAUUAACAAAUUUAGCAACUUUUAACUAUAAUCAAAUUACUCCUGUUAUUGAUACUACGUUAUUAACAAAUGCUUAUCAGAAAGCGAAUAAACGCUUGUUUAUGUUUGAUUAUGAUGGAACACUAACACCAAUUGUUAAAGAUCCACUUGUUGCUAUUCCAUCCCAACAACUUUUACGGGUUUUAAGAGCAUUAGCUGAAAAUCCCCAAAACCAAGUAUGGAUAAUUUCUGGACGUGAUCAAAGUUUUUUGUCAAAAUGGCUAGAUAAUAUUCCUCAACUAGGAUUGAGUGCAGAACAUGGUUGCUAUAUGCGUUUUCCAAAUACAUCUAAUUGGUUAGAUCUUACAAAAAAUAUGGAUGUAUCAUGGCAAGAAGAAGUUUAUAAGAUUUUUGAAUAUUAUACAGAACGUACUCAAGGUUCAUUUAUUGAACAAAAAAGAUGCACGCUCACAUGGCAUUAUCGUCGGGCAGAUCCAGAUUAUGGCCUUUUUCAGGCAUUAGAAUGUCAAAAUCACUUAGAAAGCCUAAUUACAUCAAAUUAUAAUGUUGAAGUAUUAAAUGGAAAAGCAAAUAUUGAAGUUCGACCUUUUUCUAUCAAUAAAGGUGAAGUAGUAAAUCAAUUAUUAGCCCUUUUUAAAGACGAAAAACCCGAUUUUGUUUUCAGUGCAGGAGAUGAUAAAACAGACGAAGACAUGUUUCGUAUUUUAAAGAAAAGAGAAGAUUUAAAAACAUAUUUUACCGUAACCAUUGGCGCAUCAAAUAAAAUCACAACAGCAGACUGGCAUAUUCAAGGACCUUUUGAAGUUCUUUCUGUAUUAGAAUCACUUAUUAAUAUAAAAUCAUCGAACGAUUCGGCUAAUGAUACUUAAAUAUAAAAUAUCACAUUUCUAAUAUUACCUCGAUUUCAAUACA